AGAGUCGCCACCUGGCAGCAUCGUGACCGAGCAUUUUUUGCUCUGUCAGUGAUCUGUUCACCACACCAUUUACAACCAUAAACCAACAGUGGGGUGCCUUAGUUCUGAUCAGCCACCGUCCCACGUCUCCCCGUAAUCAGCGCCCAGCCACGGAGAGGCACGUGGUCGGAGGACGCGCUACCGGAUGUGAUUCGAAGAGAGACGACGGCCGGGCGGCGGCCGAGGGGCGGCGCCGGCAGAGGGGCCCGCGCCGGCCGCCCUGUCCUGCACCGCAGCGCACCCCGCGGCCGUCCUGUGCACGCGGCCGCCAGUGAAAGUGCCCCCUAUGGUAAUGUCGCCUAUAUAUCGGACGUUCCACGUGCAGACGGUACCAGUGUGCAUCCAUCCGGCGUGCAACGAUGAAGGUCUUCCUGUUCUUGGCCGUGGUAGCGCUGGCGUCGGCUGACACCGGGGGCUACGCGCCGCCGCAGUCCGACUACGGCGCACCGGAGCCGAGCUACGGCGCACCGGAGCCGAGCUAUGGACCGCCGGAACCGAGCUACGGACCCCCGGAGCCGAGCUAUGGACCCCCGGAGCCGAGCUACGGUCCCCCAGAGCCGCACUACGGACCCCCUGAGCCGCACUACGAGGAGCCCAAGCCCCACUACCGUCCGCGUCCUGUCGGCAUCAAGCAGUCGCUGCUCAACUCGCUGUUCAGCUUCAAGGGCCCCCAGAUCCGGCCGGUGAUUCGCAAGCUUCCCAUCUGGAUCCCGUCGCUCAAGUUCUUCCCCAAGCACGUGGCCAUCCCGAUCCCGUCGCCCACGCUGGUGAAGGUGCCGGUGCGCGUGCCCAGGCCGGUGCCGGUCGCCAAGCCGUACCCUGUGGCCCGGCCGGUGCCCGUGCCGGUCAAGGUCCACUACGAGGUGCCUGUGCUCCACACCAAGGAGAAGGGGUACGGCGACGGCGGCCACGAUCACGGCCACAAGCCGGCCGCCGGCUACGGCGCGCCCAAGCCCUCCAACGAGUACGGCGCGCCGUCGUCCGGCGACUCGUACUCCAGCUACUGAUCGACGCGACGACGCGUGAGAUGACGAGAUCUUGAGAGCGCUGCGUUCGCAGCCGCAUCGGAUCGACUCAUCAUCUGCUCAAACUGCCGGGCGACCGGUCCCUGCGCUGCCGAUCGGCGUCCGCACCGCUCUGACAUUUCGUCUCGAAACAGCCAUCAAAUCACAGGGAGCUGGCGUCGGCCAGUCACAUUUAUUACAAAAACUUGUACUCAGGGACCGCCAGGCAGUCCCACGAAAUCCGCACGCAGCGCAGCCGCCAUGCCACCCAGUCCGCUGUCUUGCUCAGCGGCUGGGCCCUCUUCUCUACCUGAGUGUCUUCCCCGGCCCGGUGCCACCCGCCACAAACGCACCUCACAUGACACCUUCAGGCCGGCCCGUGUGGCCAAACUCAUAAAUCAAAACAGUGAGCAUCAACAUUGGAUAGGAAAUCAGUCGAGCGCCGCUGUGAAACGCUCCAACUCAUCCGCACAUUGGAGGUCCGGCGCCGGGCCGACGGGAAGCUGGUUGUUAUGUUCUUUGCAAGUGGCUUCAAGUGUCAUUGUUAAACUAGCUAUAAGUGAUUUAUCAGAACAUGCCGGCAAUACGCGAGUCCUAGACUGCGCAAAGUUCGCACAUUUCACAAUACUCAUCGUGUGAUAUCAUUAUGUGACGAGCGUGUAACCGGUGUGGAUAAUAUAUGUGUGUGAACAAAA